CUAAAAUCAGAAACAGAGCCCACUAGCCACUCCUUCAAACGUGUCUUACCAACUCUCUUCUAGAAAGAGUUUAGGCUUGUCCUCACCUCUCUCUCUCUCUCUCUUUUAAAACAUCUCUCCAUAAAACCCUGGUUUCAUCAUAACAAGAUCAUCAUCAGAAGAUAUGGGGAGGUCUCCAUGCUGCGAGAAAGACCACACGAACAAAGGAGCUUGGACCAAGGAAGAAGACCAGAAGCUCAUCUCUUACAUCAAAUCUCACGGCGAAGGUUGCUGGCGUUCUCUCCCUGCAUCCGCCGGCCUUCUCCGCUGCGGCAAAAGCUGCCGUCUCCGUUGGAUUAACUACCUCCGUCCUGAUCUCAAGAGAGGUAACUUCACCCUCGAAGAAGACGAUCUCAUCAUCAAGCUACAUAGCCUCCUCGGCAACAAGUGGUCUCUUAUUGCGACGAGGUUACCGGGAAGAACAGAUAACGAGAUUAAGAACUACUGGAAUACACAUAUGAAGAGGAAGCUUUUGAGAGGAGGGAUUGAUCCCGCUACUCAUCGGCCGAUCAAAGCUCGUCGGGAUGCGUCUGAAGCUAGAGAAACAGAGGACUCGCUUGUAAAGGUUAUCUCUUUCGGUCCUCAGCUGGAGAAAGAGGAAAGUUCUAGGGAGGAGGGAAGGUUUAAAAAGAGUCUGACUUGCAAAACGAAGAGCUUGGAUUUGAAUCUUGAGCUAAGAAUCAGCCCGCCGUGGCAAGACCAACACCGACGUGAUGAGAGGAAACUCUUGUUUAGGAAAGAGAAGUAUCUCUGCAGUGCGUGUCGUUUUGGGUUGGGAAACGGUAAGGAGUGUAGCUGUGAGAAUGUGAGAUGUCAUAUAGAUGACUCUAGUAGUAGCAGCUACUCUUCAAGCGACAUAAGUAGUAGUGUUGUUGGUUUUGACUUCUUGGGUUUAAACACUAGUAGUGUCUUGGAUUAUACUAGUUUGGAAAUGAACUGAAAUUAAUUAAAGAAGGUUGUUGAAAGAUGUGAUAUUAACAAUUUGACGUACUCUUCUAUUGUCUAAUCUCAUCUUUACUUCCCU